GGAAAAGGACUCAUAUUUCUUCUCCAUGGCAAGCCAGGGCUAGGCAAGACUUUUACCGCAGAAGCCGUCGCCGAGGAGACGCACCGUCCCCUUUACUACGUCACUACUGGCGAACUGGGUACCAGCGUCCCGGAAAUGGAGAGCCAGCUGCAGACUGUUUUCAAGCUAGGCUGGCGCUGGGGGGCUGUGGUGUUACUCGAUGAAGCAGACGUGAUCAUGGCAAAGAGAAGUAUCAAUGACUUGUCGCGGAGUGCGAUUGUAGCAGUGUUUCUCAGGCUCAUUGAAUACUAUCGGGGCCUCCUCUUCCUCACCACUAAUAGAGUGGACGACUUUGAUCCCGCUUUUUACAACCGUAUUCAUGCCAUGAUCGAAUAUCCCCAGCUCAGUCAGGACGCUCGCACACGUAUUUGGAAGAGCCUUCUUGUUGAGAAGAAGAAGAACGUUGUACAUCUCGACAUAUCGUGGAAGGAAGACGAGAGCAGGAUCUACAAGAUUCUUGGUGAGCUCGAGACCAAUGGAAGGGAUAUCCGAAAUUUGAUUCGUACGGCGUACGGUAUUGCACGUUCCCACGAGACCGACCUCGGGGUGAGGCAUAUCGUGAGUGUGAUGAAG